AUGGCCCAAGGAUACUUCGAUACUGGCGCGUUUCGAGACGACUCGUUCACAUUCGAAUGCCGUUUGAAGAAAUGGCCUGCGAAGAAAGCCUCUAGCCCACUCGAAAGCCCGCGUCCGCUCGAGCCCAGCCCUUCUUGGGUACUCGUAUCGGCGUAUAGGGAAUCAGAUCAUGAGCAGCAUACUAUGUGCUGGCUCAUAGACAUCACUGCUCACAAGAACGCGGAGGAGUUCCUGCGGAAGCGGAUGUAUGAGGCUGUGGAGAUGAGGCAGCAGAAAGAGCGCUUCAUCGACUUGAUCAGCCAUGAGAUACGGAAUCCAUUGUCAGCGAUGACCCAUUGCAUAGACGACAUAAUUGAGACUGCAAAGCAAGAAGCCAUUGGCCCAACCGACGAUGUUCUCGAGGCAGCACAGACCAUUUCGUAUUGUACCCAACACAUCAAGAAUAUUGUUGGAGAUGUCCUCACGCUUUCGAAGCUCGACUCGCGUCUUGUCGACAUAUGCCCGCAACCGACACAACCGAAGUUACUUGUUCAAGAAGCGCUUAGGAUGUUUACUCGAGAAUUGCGAGCUUCUGCCAUUGACCUCGAACUGGACAUUGACCCUUCUCUAGCAGAGCUCGAAGUGGACUGGCUCAUGAUGGAUCCUGGUCGCUUUUUGCAGGUUUUGAUCAACUUGACCACCAACGCGAUCAAGGUGGUAAAGGACAGGAGCAAGCGAUUGAUUACCGUUAAGAUGAGCGCGACGCAUGGUCCAGCGUGCAAAGCCAGUGACGAAGUGCAAUGUGUCCUCCCUCGCCAAGCUCGCAAGCCUGUCGAUUUCCCAGAGCCGUACGAUCUGGCUAAAUCUCUGUACCUAGUCUGCAGUGUUGAAGACACGGGCCCUGGACUGGAGAAGCAUGAGCUGGCGAGUCUGUUCGAACGCUUCGCUCAAGAGAAUCCGAAGACUGAGAGCAGAUACGGCGGAUCAGGCCUAGGCCUCUUUAUUUCGCGUGAUCUGACCGAAUUGCAGGGAGGACGUAUAGGUGUGGCAUCGCAGCCUGGUGUCGGAUCGAAGUUCGUCUUCUCCAUCGAAGUAAAGCGCGCCACCGAGCCACCAGCAGCCGUGUUGCCCGUCCAGGAACCUUUGCGAGGACAGGGCAUAAUAAGAAAAGACUCUCUCAAGAAUAAGGACAAAGCUGCCCCUCGAAAGCUUCUCAUCGUCGAGGACAACUCAAUCAAUGCAAAGGUCCUCUCAAAUCAGCUUCGAAAACGAGGUUACGACGUAUCGGUGGCGAUAAAUGGCGAAGAAGCACUCGAAAAGCUCAAAAUGACCACUCCUCCUUCACGACCAUCUCCAACAAUUUCUCCAGCACAAUCCGAUUUCGAUGUCGUGCUAAUGGAUAUCGAGAUGCCAGUUAUGGACGGGAUUACCUGUACACAGCAGAUUCGUGCAUUCGAAGCGAAUCAAGGAGCGCAUCAUCGGCUGCCAAUCAUUGCGGUAACGGCGAAUGUGAGGAGUGAGCAUGGCAGUGCUGCGCUGGAGGCUGGCAUGGAUGCCAUUACCACGAAGCCGUACAAGAUUGAGGAUCUUGUGAAACAGGUGGAGCAGUUUGUCAGUUGA